GAUGCCCCAUGAAGAGACCUCUCAACCUCCCUGGCCUUAACUUUCUGCAUUGCAGUGUCGGGAUGGCUUUGAACCCUGCGUGAAUGAAGGAGUAUGUGUUGCCUACCACAAUGGCACAGGAUACUGCAAAUGUCCAGAGGGCUUCUUGGGAGAAUAUUGUCAACAUCGAGACCCCUGUGAGAAGAACCGAUGCCAGAAUGGUGGGACCUGUGUGGCCCAGGCCAUGCUGGGGAAAGCCACGUGCCGAUGUGCCUCAGGGUUCACAGGAGAGGACUGCCAGUACUCAACCUCUCACCCCUGCUUUGUAUCUCGCCCCUGUCUGAAUGGGGGUACCUGCCAUAUGCUCAGCCGGGAUACCUAUGAGUGCACCUGCCAAGUCGGUUUUACAGGUAAGCUGUGCCAAUGGACCGAUGCCUGUCUGUCUCAUCCGUGUGCAAAUGGAAGUACCUGUACCACUGUGGCCAACCAGUUCUCCUGUAGAUGCCUGGCAGGCUUCACCGGGCAGAAGUGUGAGACUGAUGUCAAUGAGUGUGACGUUCCAGGACACUGCCAGCAUGGUGGCACCUGCCUCAACCUGCCUGGUUCCUACCAGUGUCAAUGCCCCCAGGGCUUCACAGGCCAGCAUUGUGAAAGUCUCUAUGUGCCCUGUGCACCCUCCCCUUGUGUCAACGGAGGCACCUGUCGGCAGACUGGUGACUUCACUUUUGAGUGCAACUGCCUUCCAGGUUUUGAAGGGAGCGUCUGUGAGUGGAACAUUGAUGACUGCCCUGACCACAAGUGCCAGAACGGGGGUGUUUGUGUGGACGGAGUCAAUACUUACAACUGCCGCUGCCCCCCACAGUGGACAGGACAGUUCUGCACAGAGGAUGUGGACGAGUGCCUGCUGCAGCCCAACGCCUGUCAGAAUGGGGGUACCUGUACCAACCGCAAUGGCGGCUACGGCUGUGUGUGUGUUAACGGCUGGAGUGGAGACGACUGCAGCGAGAACAUCGAUGACUGUGCCUUUGCCUCCUGCACUCCGGGCUCCACUUGCGUCGACCGCGUGGCCUCUUUCUCCUGCUUGUGUCCAGAGGGGAAGGCAGGUCUCCUGUGCCAUCUGGAUGAUGCCUGCAUCAGCAAUCCUUGCCACAAGGGUGCACUUUGUGAUACCAACCCCCUGAAUGGGCAGUAUAUUUGCACCUGCCCGCAAGGCUACAAAGGGGCUGACUGCACAGAAGAUGUGGAUGAGUGUGCCCUGGCCAAUAGCAAUCCUUGUGAGCAUGCAGGAAAAUGUGUGAACACAGAUGGUGACUUCUACUGCGAAUGUCUGAAUGGCUAUGGAGGACCUCGUUGUGAGAUGGACAUCAAUGAGUGCCACUCAGACCCCUGCCAGAAUGAUGCCACCUGUCUGGAUAAGAUUGGAGGCUUCACAUGUCUGUGCAUGCCGGGUUUCAAAGGUGUGUAUUGUGAAUUGGAGAUAAAUGAAUGUCAGAGCAACCCUUGUGUGAACAACGGACAGUGUGUGGAUAAAGUUAACCGCUUCCAGUGUCUGUGUCCACCGGGUUUUACCGGGCCAGUUUGUCAGAUUGAUAUUGAUGACUGUUCCAGUACUCCGUGUCUGAAUGGGGCAAAGUGUAUUGAUCAUCCAAAUGGCUAUGAAUGCCAAUGUGCCACAGGUUUCACUGGUGUGUUGUGUGAGGAGAACAUCGACAACUGUGACCCUGAUCCUUGCCACCAUGGCCAGUGCCAAGAUGGUAUUGAUUCCUACACCUGCAUCUGCAAUCCUGGGUACAUGGGUGCCAUCUGCAGUGACCAGAUUGAUGAAUGCUAUAGCAGCCCUUGCCUGCACGAUGGUCGCUGCAUUGACCUGGUCAAUGGCUACCAGUGCAACUGCCAGCCAGGCACAUCAGGGGUUAACUGUGAAAUUAACUUUGAUGACUGUGCAAGUAACCCCUGUGUCCAUGGAGUCUGCAUGGAUGGCAUUAAUCGGUACAGUUGUGUCUGCUCAUCGGGAUUUACAGGGCAGAGAUGUAACAUUGACAUUGAUGAGUGUGCCUCCAAUCCCUGUCGCAAGGGUGCAACAUGUAUCAAUGAUGUGAACGGUUUCCGCUGUAUAUGCCCUGAGGGGCCCCAUCACCCCAGCUGCUACUCGCAGGUCAAUGAGUGCCUGAGCAACCCCUGCAUCCAUGGAAAUUGUACCGGAGGCCUCAGUGGAUAUAAGUGCCUCUGUGAUGCAGGCUGGGUUGGCAUCAACUGUGAAGUGGACAAAAAUGAAUGUCUUUCUAACCCAUGUCAGAAUGGAGGCACUUGUGACAAUCUGGUGAAUGGAUACAGAUGUACUUGCAAGAAGGGCUUUAAAGGCUAUAACUGCCAGGUGAAUAUUGAUGAAUGCGCUUCAAAUCCAUGCCUGAACCAAGGAACCUGCUUUGAUGACAUAAGUGGCUACACUUGCCACUGUGUGCUGCCAUACACAGGCAAGAACUGUCAGACUGUAUUGGCUCCCUGUUCACCAAACCCUUGUGAGAAUGCUGCUGUUUGCAAAGAGGCACCGAAUUUUGAGAGUUACACCUGCUUGUGUGCUCCUGGCUGGCAAGGUCAGCGGUGUACAGUUGACAUUGAUGAGUGUGUCUCCAAGCCCUGCAUGAACCACGGUCUCUGCCAUAACACCCAGGGCAGCUACAUGUGUGAAUGUCCUCCAGGCUUCAGCGGCAUGGACUGUGAAGAGGACAUUGAUGACUGCCUUGCCAAUCCUUGCCAGAAUGGAGGUACCUGUGUGGAUGGAGUGAAUACUUUCUCCUGCCUCUGCCUUCCGGGAUUCACUGGGGAUAAGUGCCAGACAGAUAUGAACGAGUGUCUGAGUGAACCCUGUAAGAAUGGAGGGACCUGUUCCGACUAUGUCAACAGCUACACUUGCAAGUGUCAGGCAGGAUUUGACGGAGUCCACUGUGAGAACAACAUUGAUGAGUGCACUGAGAGCUCCUGUUUCAAUGGUGGCACCUGUGUUGACGGGAUUAAUGCCUUCUCUUGCUUGUGCCCUGUGGGAUUCACUGGUCCUUUCUGCCUUCAUGAGAUCAAUGAAUGCAACUCUCAUCCAUGCCUGAAUGAGGGAACAUGUGUUGAUGGCCUGGGUACCUACCACUGCACCUGCCCCGUGGGCUACACAGGAAAGAACUGUCAGACCCUGGUGAACCUCUGCAGCCUGUCUCCAUGUAAAAACAAAGGCACUUGCGUUCAGGAAAAAGCCGAGUCCCGGUGUGUGUGUCCGUCGGGAUGGGCUGGUGCUUACUGCGAUGUGCCCAGUGUCUCCUGUGAUGUGGCAGCCGCCCUCAGAGGUGUGCCCGUUGACCACUUGUGCCAGCACUCUGGCCUCUGCAUCAGUGCUGGCAACACGCAUCACUGCCAGUGUCCUUUGGGCUAUACCGGGAGCUACUGUGAGGAGCAGCUCGAUGAGUGUGCGUCCAACCCCUGCCAGCAUGGGGCCACCUGCAGUGACUUCAUUGGUGGAUACAGAUGUGAGUGUGUUCCAGGCUAUCAGGGUGUUAACUGCGAGUACGAAGUAGAUGAGUGCCAGAACCAGCCCUGUCAGAAUGGAGGCACUUGUAUCGACCUGGUGAACCAUUUCAAGUGCUCUUGUCCGCCAGGCACUCGGGGCCUGCUUUGUGAAGAGAACAUUGACGACUGCACCGGGGGCCCCCGUUGCCUUAAUGGCGGUCACUGUGUGGACAGGAUUGGGGGCUACAGUUGUCAGUGCUUGCCUGGCUUUGCUGGGGAGCGGUGUGAGGGGGACAUCAACGAAUGCCUCUCCAACCCCUGCAGCCCUGAGGGCAGCCUGGACUGCAUACAGCUCAGCAACGACUACCAGUGUGUCUGCCGCAGCGCCUUCACUGGCCGACACUGUGAAACCUUCGUUGACGUGUGUCCCCAGAUGCCUUGCCUGAAUGGAGGAACUUGUGCUGUGGCCAGCAACAUGCCCAAUGGUUUCAUUUGCCGUUGUCCCCCGGGAUUCUCCGGGGCAAGAUGCCAGAGCAGCUGUGGACAAGUGAAGUGUCGGCGAGGGGAGCAAUGUGUGCACACCGCCUCUGGACCCCGCUGCUUCUGUCCCAGCCCCCGGGACUGCGACUCAGGCUGUGCCAGUAGCCCCUGCCAGCACGGGGGUAGCUGCUACCCUCAGCGCCAGCCUCCUUAUUACUCUUGCCAGUGCUCGGCCCCAUUCUGGGGCAGCCGCUGUGAACUCUACACGCCCCCCCCCAGCACCCCUUCUGCCACCUGUCUGAGCCAGUAUUGUGCCGACAAAGCUCGGGAUGGUGUCUGCGAUGAAGCCUGCAACAGCCAUGCCUGCCAGUGGGAUGGGGGCGACUGUUCCCUCACCAUGGAGAACCCCUGGGCCAACUGCACCUCCCCACUUCCCUGCUGGGAUUACAUCAACAACCAGUGUGAUGAGCUGUGCAACACAGCCGAGUGCCUAUUUGACAACUUUGAAUGCCAGGGGGACAGCAAGACGUGCAAGUAUGACAAAUACUGUGCAGACCACUUCAAAGACAACCACUGUGACCAGGGAUGCAACAGUGAGGAAUGUGGCUGGGAUGGGCUGGACUGUGCUGCUGACCAGCCCGAGAACCUGGCGGAGGGAACCCUGGUUAUUGUGGUGCUGAUGCCGCCGAAACAACUGCUUCAAGAUGCGCGCAGCUUCUUGCGGGCUCUGGGCACCCUACUCCACACCAACCUGCGUAUCAAACGGGAUUCCCAGGGAAACCUCAUGGUGUACCCCUAUUAUGGCGAGAAGUCAACUGCCAUGAAGCAGCAGAGGAUGGCACGCAGGUCUCUUCCUGGCGAACAAGAACAGGAAGUGGCGGGCUCUAAGGUCUUUCUGGAAAUUGACAACCGCCAGUGUGUUCAAGACUCAGACCAGUGCUUCAAGAACACAGAUGCAGCAGCGGCUCUCCUGGCUUCUCAUGCCAUCCAGGGGACCCUGUCGUACCCUCUCGUGUCCGUCCUUAGUGACUCCGUGACUCCAAAACGCACUCAGCUUCUCUACCUACUUGCUGUUGCUGUUGUCAUCAUCUUGUUUAUUAUUCUGCUGGGGGUGAUUAUGGCAAAACGAAAGCGCAAGCAUGGCUCUCUCUGGCUUCCUGAAGGUUUCACCCUUCGCCGAGAUGCAAGCAAUCAUAAGCGUCGUGAGCCAGUGGGACAGGAUGCUGUGGGGCUGAAAAAUCUCUCAGUGCAAGUCUCAGAGGCUAACCUAAUCGGUGCUGGAGCAAGUGAACACUGGGUCGAUGAUGAAGGACCGCAGCCGAAGAGAGUCAAGGCUGAAGAUGAGGCUUUGCUCUCAGAAGAAGAUGACCCCAUCGAUCGACGCCCAUGGACACAGCAGCACCUUGAAGCUGCAGACAUCCGUAGGACACCCUCAUUGGCUCUCACACCUCCUCAGGCAGAGCAGGAGGUGGAUGUGCUGGACGUGAAUGUCCGGGGCCCAGAUGGGUGCACCCCGCUGAUGCUGGCUUCCCUCCGAGGCGGCAGCUCAGACAUGAGUGAGGAAGAGGAAGACGCAGAGGACUCUUCUGCCAACAUCAUCACCGACCUGGUCUACCAGGGUGCCAGUCUCCAGGCCCAGACAGACCGGACCGGUGAGAUGGCCCUGCACCUGGCAGCCCGCUACUCACGGGCUGAUGCUGCCAAGCGUCUGCUGGACGCAGGCGCAGAUGCCAACGCUCAGGACAACAUGGGCCGCUGCCCUCUCCAUGCCGCAGUGGCAGCUGAUGCUCAAGGUGUCUUCCAGAUUCUGAUCCGCAGCCGCGUAACGGAUCUAGAUGCCAGGAUGAAUGACGGCACCACGCCCCUGAUCCUGGCUGCCCGCCUGGCUGUGGAGGGAAUGGUGGCCGAGCUGAUAAACUGCCAGGCCGAUGUGAACGCGGUGGAUGACCACGGAAAAUCUGCUCUUCACUGGGCAGCCGCUGUGAAUAACGUGGAGGCAACGCUCUUGCUGUUGAAAAACGGGGCCAACCGAGACAUGCAGGACAACAAGGAAGAGACGCCUUUGUUUCUUGCUGCCCGGGAGGGGAGCUACGAAGCGGCCAAGAUCCUGCUGGACCACUUCGCCAACCGCGACAUCACGGACCACAUGGACCGCCUUCCCCGCGACGUGGCCCGGGACCGCAUGCACCACGACAUCGUGCGCCUGCUGGAGGAGUACAACGUGGCUCCGAGCCCUCCGGGCGCGGUGCUGACGGCCGCCCUCUCCCCCGUGGUCUGCGGGCCGCACAGGCCUUUCCUCGGCCUGAGGCACACGCCGACGGGCAAGAAGCCUCGGCGGCCCAGCGCCAGGAGCGCCCUCCCCGACAUGGCUCGUCUGCCCGGUGUGGCCUUCCCCGCUGCCAUGGUGCCCCAGCAGGACGGGCAGGUAGCUCAGACCGUUCUCCCGGCCUACCAUCCUUUUCCAGCCUCGGUGGGCAAGUACCCCACGCCCCCUUCGCAGCACAGCUAUGCCUCCUCGAGUGCUGCUGAGCGAACACCCAGUCACAGCAGCCACCUCCCGGGGGAGCAUCCCUACCUGACGCCGUCCCCGGAGUCUCCGGACCAGUGGUCGAGUUCAUCGCCCCACUCUGCUUCUGACUGGUCGGAUGUGACCACCAGCCCCACGCCUGGCGGGGCUGGAGGAGCUCAGCGGGGACCUGGGGCGCACAUGUCUGAGCCACCGCACAGCAACAUGCAGGUCUACGCCUGA